AUGUUUUCUAAGCUAUCAAGAAGUGCUAUAAAUGGUUUAAAGCAUUAUACUCUUGGUAAUAAGCUAAGCAAAAAUGACUUCAUAGAUAAUAUAAAAGACCAUGAUUUGAUCUUUUUAACUGAAACAUGGUGUAAAGAAAUUAAUAGCAUCCCUGGUUUCAAGGCAAUAUCCUCACUUACGGCAACCCCUAAAUCAAACUCCAGUUGGCGUCUGUCUGGAGGAAUUUCGCUUCUAUCCAAAAAAGAGUUUGAAAAUAUCAUUUCUCUCGAAAAACGAACUAAAAGUUUCUUGUGGUGUCGAAUAGACAACACAAUCCUAGACUCUACAAAUGACUUAUUUAUUUGUGGAGUCUAUAUUCCUCCUCAAAACUCACGUUACUUUGACGAGGAAAUACUUGAUGACCUGGAAAAUGAUGUAGUGUAUUUCUCCAAAAAAGGAAAUGUUAUGCUGCUGUGGUACUUUAAUGCCCGUACCAGCAAACUUGAAGAUUUUGUCUCAAUUAAAGAAGAAAAUACCUUCAUAAACGAUAUUACUGAAACCUCUUUUCAACCGAAAAUGAGGGAAAGUUUUGAUAACUAA